AUGCAGAACCAAAGCAUGUCUGAAUUCAUCCUCAUGGGUUUUUCCAUUGGCCAUCAAACUGAGCUCCUGCUAGCCUUCCUCUUUUUAACCAUGUAUACUGCAAGCUUGGGGGCCAAUGUGGUCAUCCUAUGCAUUGUACUAGUAGAUAAUCGCCUCCAUAACCCAAUGUACUUCUUUCUUGGUAAUGUUUCCAUACUGGACAUCUUCUUCACCUCUGUGACCAGUCCACAAUUGCUCUGGAACCUCCUCUCUGGAGACAAGUCAAUAUCCUUUGCUGGCUGCAUGACACAGACUUAUUUCUAUUUCUUCUUAGGGACAGUACAAUUCCUUUUGUUUACCUCCAUGUCCUAUGACCGUUAUGCUGCCAUAUGCCAGCCGCUGCAAUAUCAUGCAAUCAUGAAUAUCCAGGUGUGCAUCCAGAUCGUUUUGGCUUGCUGGCUGGGUGGGUUCUUCUCAGUUUUGGUCCCCAUCAUUAUGAUCGCCAGGCUAUCCUAUUGCAAGUCUAACAUCAUCAAUCAUUUCUUUUGUGACAGUGGCCCUCUGCUGGAUCUGUCCUGCAGCGACACCCGGGUGAUAGAGGUGAUAGACUUUGUGCUGUCAUCUGUUGUUAUCCUCUGCUCUUUAGUCUUAACCUUACUUUCUUAUAUAUGUAUCAUCUCAGCAAUAAUCCGCAUCUCUACCGCUUCAGGCCAGAGAAAAGCCUUCAAUACUUGUCCUUCACACCUGACCAUCAUCUCCAUCUCCUGUGGCAUCAGCAUCUUCAUCUAUGUCACUCCAUCCCAAAAGGAGACUCUCGAAGUCCAUAAGGUUCCUGCUCUUCUCACCACAAUUGUCUGUCCUUUUCUGAACCCUUUCUUCUUCACCCUGCAAAAUGACAUGGUGAGGCUGGUACUAAGAGACAUGGUGAGGCACAUCACAGAGAAGGUUGCUCAUAAAGUUUGUGGCAUGUUGGGAAAGAAUGGACAUAAUAAGUGGGGAGACCAGGCAAAAGCAUAA